AUGAUGAAAGAGUUUCCUUGUGGCCAGAUGCCAUCACCGAGGGUAUCAAUGGAAAACUAUAGGCAGCCAUUCGAUCCAGCAAUCUUUUCUUUCCCACAGCAGCUCUUCCUCCUGUUACAGAUCGCUGAAAACUCUCAUCAGGAAGAUACCAUUUCGUGGGCCCAAGAUGGAAAAUCGUUUACAGUACAUGAUCCGAACGAGUUUGAGAAAAAAAUGCUUGUCAAAUACUUUCAAAUGAAGAAGUAUGCAAGUUUCACAAGGCAGCUUUGUGCCUAUGGAUUCUCAUGCGUCCGACAAGGCCGAAAACCGGGACGAUAUUAUCACCCUAUCUUCGCCCGUGAUGACUAUAAUGCUUGUAAUAGUAUCACGAGAGGGUCAGGCAAGGCAUAUCUCAAACAGUCGUUCACAUACACUGGUGAUAGGCCGAGUUCCAUUGUUCGAAUGGAGAAUGGCAACUUUCCAAGCACUAACUUUUCUCUGAUGGAAGAUCACAGUUAUAAUUUCAAGAUGGGAAACUUGACACCAGCAUCUUAUUUCUUGCAGCCUAUAUCAGCUCCUUCUGGAACAAUGAGAGCCGUUCAGGAGCUGAAACAUAAGCGUGAGAGAGAAAAGACGAUUCAUGCUUGUUAUGCAAGGGAACGGGCUAUGUCAGAGCUAUCUGAUGACGACGAAGCAAGCAAUCCUGUUGCAAAAAGUCCUUCAUUCAGUCCAUCUCGAUAUGGAUUGAAUCCAAGUGCUCGCCACAGCGACCAUCACGGCCAAAAGUAUGGCUCUCAUCAUGUCCGAUCACAAAUUCUGCCCAACGAAAACGAAUCUUGCCGAGCUUCCCCCCAAACAAGGCACCAUGAAGGUUCAUCAGAUGAUGCUUCAUCAUCAUCAUCGUUGGAACCACGAACCAUUCAAGAUAUGAUAGAGGAACCAGAACUUUAUUGGGCGAAGAGGAAGAAAGGAUCAUGA